GGGGUGAGGGGCCGGGCUGGGCCGGACGACCUGCUGUCCGGUUGGCUCCCGCACGCUCCGCCGGCCUGCGCCUCCGCGGUCUCUGCGCCAUAAGCACAAGGCGCAGUUCGGCCUGGGACACUCCCUUCAGGAAAGAGAGUCCACCCUCAGAGCUUGCCGGAGGACAAGGCUCUCCCUGGUUGGCUCUAGGCCUGCAGGGGACCCGGAGUAGCAGGCAGGACAUCCAGGACCGCAGAUGUAAGAGUGCUGGUCUGUCCAGUCCAGCAGCGCCUGGAAAGCCAUCCUGGCUGGGAGGAGCUCAGCUUGGAAGAAGGGGCUGUGAACCUCCGAGAAGUCUCCUGGGCAGGACGGGGGUGAGGCCCGGGGACGCUGAUUGCUUUCCUGCACCGGGAGAGCUCAAAGCUACUGCUGUUGCCGAGGAAACUGCCCGCAGGUUAUCUGCCUCUCUGGGCCUCCCUUGGCCUGCUGGCACGCUCUGCACAGGGAGAGCCAGGAGCCAGGACGGCUCUGCAGACACCUGGCCCGGGGAGACGUGGGUCCUUUAGUGAAUUGUGUGGAGAGUCUGUGUCCUGUUUGGUUCAAAGGUCCCUCUUGGUGCUGGAGGUCGCUGAGCAGACAGGGUGGGGCUGUCGUCUCCUGCUUAGAGCACCCAGGGCUUCUCAGGGUCCUUGUCUUCCCUGGACCCACAGUGUGGCCCCCAGGAUUUGGGGGAACCACCUGUCACCGCACAGAGGAAGACUUGCUGGUCAGGCUGCUGCAGAGCCGUCGCCCACCAUGGGAAGCAGCAAGCUGGCAUGGGUGGGGGCUGGGCUCCUACUUGGCUGCCCCACCGGCUGCUGUGGCUCCUGGGACCCACCAGCAUUUCUGGAUCCUCCGGUGGAGUAAACCCCAGAAAUGUGUCCUGAGAGGGGCGGGCUGGCAGGAAGGACAGGGCCUGGGGCUGAGGGCCGUCCUCCGUGGGUCAGACUUCCAUCCAGCCCCUGGCCAGUGAAGGAGCAGCGGGGAGGGAGUCCUUCCCCCCUCCCUGGGCCUCUGUUUUCUCUCGGUGGGUGGGUUCAGCCCCUAAGCCCCUCCCCGGGGGGCCACAGGAGACUCUCUGUGCCUGGGCGUUGGGGGUACUUGGGGCACCCGCUAUGACUGGUGGGCAGCGUGGCAGAAACUCACUGUAUCGGAAGCCCCCAGGAGGCAGAGGAGGUGUCUGUCCACCGACAGGUGGGGAGCAUUAGUGUCCCACCCUGCGCUCCCGGCCCCUUGGGCUCUCCCUGCCGCCUCGACGGUGUGGCCGGGAGGCUUGCUGGGGCCCAGCGCAAAUUCAUCCUUGGAAAUGGCAGAGACAGCAGAAGCCAGAGGAAAGCCCAUCACGCCCCGUGGCGCGGGGCUGGCUCUGAAACCACAUGUGCACGGGCCUGUGCUGUUUUUAUGGGCACACGAGUGCGUGUUCUAGACGGUGACCACUGCUUGUUCAUAGCAACCGCAAGGGACAUCACUGCUCAGUCUCCUAAGCAGGAGGGAACCCACACCCUGGGACCUGGAGAUCAGGGGACAUGGGGGGCCCACAGCGAGGUGCCCCUGUGGGCAACUAGGCUCAGGUGUGUGCCCACAUGCACGGGCACGGGAAGGUUGUGGGUGUGGCUUGCGUAGGUGUGUGCGGCAUGUGUGUGACUCACGUGCCGGGUAUUUGACGUGUGCUGGGUGAGGUCCCCACCCAGAGCACAGCGGCGCAGAAGUUGUGGGGCUGUUGGGGGCUGGGUGGGCGGCGCCUGUUUUUGUGGGGCAGCCACAGUGGAGAACAGCGUGGAGGGCCCUCAAAAAGCGAAAAACAUCUACCCUGUGGCGCAGCAACCCGCCUUCUGGGUACACGUCCAAAAAGGCAGAAUCGGAGUUUCGAGAGCCAGCUGCCUGUCGGGCUCACAGCAGCGCCAUUCACGGUGAGCAGGGCACAGAACGACGCACAGCCUUUGGCAGAUGGAUGGGUCACAACGGCCUGGCACAUAGGUGCGGCGAAAUGUUAUUCAGCCUUGAAAAAAAACCCCAAAGGAAAUCCUGCCCUUUGUCACAACGGAUGGGUAGAGCCAGAGGAGGACACUCUGCCGAGCAAAGUCACAAGGCACGUCAAGAUGAACCCUGUGUUCUCCUGUGUGGAGCCGAGAGGCAGAGAGCUGAACGGUGGCGGCUGCUGGGGCCUGGGGAGGGAGGAAGUGGGGAGGAAUCGGCCACAGGGUGCAAAGUGGCGGCUGUGGGAGGAGGAUGAGUCCUGGGGAUGCAAUCACAGCAUGGUGACUAUCGUAGGCAGUGCCAGCCUGUGUGUCUGAAACGUGCUAGGACCACAGAGCUCAGGGGGUGGGGGUGGCGACUGGCCGGAGUGUGGUGGUCCUGUCACCUCCUGAACAUGUGUCCGCGCACAUCUGAAAUAAACACAGUUUUUGUUUGUCAGUUAUACCGCAGCAAAACCGGGGGCGGGGUGGUCAGCUGCUGAAGAAGCCAGCUGCUUCUCUGCAAGGACAAAAUGAUGUCCUGGCGGACAGGGUCUGUGAGGAGGAUCCUGAGCUGCAGCCGCCCUGAAGCACCUCCCUCUGCCCGGAGUGCAAAUCCUGGCCCCACAGCCCUGUGCCUCCGUGGGGUUUGAUGGCCAGUCCCCUGUUCUGUCAGAGCCGCAUUGACUCCUCUGCGGAGUCUGGGCCGCCGGCAGUUCUUGGUCCAGACGCCCUGGCCCGUCCCCUUGGCUCAGGUGCGCUGGUGUCUGCCAGGCCCCACGGCACCCAGGAGCCACCCUCCGUGCACCUGGCCAUCCCGGCUCCCUGAGCCUCCCACGAAGUCGCCCAGGUCAGAGCCCUGCGCUCACCGGAGUCCCCGUCACCCGCCCGCCCCGCCUAAGUGCCGGCUCGGGCUGGGAGCCUUGGAGCCUUGGAGCGCACGUGCGGGCUGCGCAGAGGAAGCCGCCGGGCGCACCGCGGCUCCGCCCCCUCCGGGCGCUCCUGGCCCCGCUCGCUGGUGUCCCUGCGCCGCGGGAUCUCCGGCGCCGAGCGGAGGCCCCGCGUAAUGGCCAGGGUCCCGCAGGCCCGGCAUCGCCCGGCGGCCCCCGGGAACGCCCUGCACGCGGUGCUGCGCUGCAACCUGCCGCCCGGCGCUCAGCGCGUGGUGGUCUUCGCCGUGCUGGCGCUCCUGGUCCUCAUCAACGUCGUGCUUGUCUUCCUGCUGGCCUUCCGCUGACCGCCAAGGCCCGGCGCACUGCUCCUCCGGCUCCUCAGCGAUGGCAGCGUGGUCUGCGCAGAAGCACUGUGGGACCACGUCACCAUGGACGACCAGGAACUGGGCUUCAAGGCUGGGGACGUCGUGGAAGUAAUGGAUGCCACCAACAGGGAUUGGUGGUGGGGCCGCGUGGCCGACGGCGAGGGCUGGUUUCCAGCCGGCUUCGUGCGGCUGCGGGUGAACCAGGACGAGCCCUCGGAUGACGAGGCGCGGCGGCUCGGGGCCGGCGGGGCGGAGGACGGCGGGGCGGGCGCGCAGGGCAGCAGCAGGGACCAGAUGCGCACCAACGUCAUCCGGGAGAUCCUCAGCACCGAGCGGGACUACAUCAAGCACCUGCGCGACAUCUGCGAGGGCUACGUCGGGCAGUGCCGCAGGCGCGCCGACAUGUUCAGCGAGGAGCAGCUGCGCACCAUCUUCGGCAACAUCGAGGACAUCUACCGGUGCCACUCGGCCUUCGUGCAGGCGCUGGAGCAGAGGUUCAACAGGGAGCGCCCGCACCUGAGCGAGCUGGGCGCCUGCUUCCUGGAGCAUCAAGCACACUUCCAGAUCUACUCCGACUACUGCAACAACCACCCCAGCGCCUGCCUGGAGCUCUCGCGGCUCACCAGGCUCAGCAAAUACACCUACUUCUUCGAGGCCUGCCGUCUGCUGCAGAGGAUGAUCGACAUCUCGCUGGACGGCUUCCUGCUGACGCCCGUGCAGAAGAUCUGCCAGUACCCGCUGCAGCUGGCGGAGCUGCUCAAGUACACGCACCCCCAGCACCGGGAUUUCAAAGACGUGGAAGCUGCCUUAGACGCCAUGAAGAAGGUGGCCCAGCUCAUCAACGAGCGGAAACGGAGGCUUGAAAACAUCGACAAGAUCGCUCAGUGGCAGAGCUCUGUGGAGGACUGGGAGGGGGAAGAUCUCCUGGUCCGGAGCUCGGAACUCAUCCACUCAGGGGAGCUGACGCUGGUCACGCAGCCACAAGCCAAGAGCCAACAGAGGAUGUUCUUCCUCUUCGACCACCAGCUCAUCUACUGCAAGAAGGACCUUCUCCGCCGGGAUGUGCUGUACUACAAGGGCCGGGUGGACCUGGGAGGCCUGGAGGUGGUGGACGUGGGUGACUGCAAGGACAGGGACCUGCACGUGAGCGUCAAACACGCCUUCCGGCUGCGCUGCGGCGCCGGGGGCGAGAGCCUCCUGUUGUGUGCCAGGAAGCCAGAGCAGAAGCAGCGCUGGCUGCAGGCCUUCGCCAGGGAGAGGGAGCAGGUGCGGCUGGACCAGGAGACAGGCUUCUCCAUCACUGAGGGGCAGAGGAAGCAGGCCAUGCUGAAGGCCAGCAAGCUGCAGGCGGCUGGGAAGACCAAAGGAGCAGCCCUGGGAAGGCAGAGCGUGAACCAGGAAUCUGCGUCCGACCAGGCCUGGCCUCGGAGCCCACCCGUCUGGCCUCCCAGUUCCCUCUCGUGGCUGCUGGCACCCCCUCCCCUGGUUUGGCGCCAGCAGCGAAUCUGUCGGGAGUGCCCCCAGGCAGCUGUGUGCCGCCUCCAGAACCAGGGUCUUCUUUGCGGGGACCCUGCUUUUCUGAUGACGUAGAAAGAGAACUGACAUGGACACAGGAAGGUGGCCUUAUCCUGGGGGAGUGUGAGAAGCCAAGAGGACUGAUCUCCUGGGCCCGGCCCCAGCAGGCAGUCGCUCACACCACUCUGCCGCCUCCCAGCCCAAACCACAUUUAGUUUCAUAAAGAAACUCGUGGA